ACGCGCUCUUGAAUUUUCUCGUUUCUCAACGUGUUAUAUAACCCUAAUUUUCCGCAUUUCUGUAACUAAUUAUAUGUAUUAGGCUUAAUCUCUAAAUCCUUCUUCUUGCUGAUACUUCGAAACACAGGGUGACCGAGUCAUUUGACAACCAUAUUCUUCUGUUUCGUUGCAAUUGUGGAUCGACAAUCUUUUGUUUUUAUUUCUCGAAUUUCAGCUGUAGAAUUUAAUUCAACAUUUUAUUUUUCUGUUGAAAGUUUUCGAUUCUGCUCGAGGAUUGGUUGGCAUUGAAUUUGAUGAGGUUCAGGAUUGGCUGAUCUUGAAUUUUGAUGAGUUUCUGUGGUAACCCGUGGUGUUCAAGGGGAGUUAGGGUUAGGGUUUGUGCGAAUACAUAAUGUGUAAUGUGGAUAUUUGAUUUUUGUUUUUCUUCGAGUGUGUAAUGUAGCGGGAACGUUUAGAAUUUCCGAGUUUGGUUGUAAAGAAAAUGAAAGCUAUGGGCAGUAGAAUUUUAACUCAUUGUGAAGCAUGUUAUUGUCCUUGUUGAGUAAGCGCUCGUUGGAGGCUGAUUCCAGGGACUCCUAUGGAUUUGCUUUGAGACCUCAACAUGUACAAAAAUAUAGAGAGUACUCGAACAUCUACAAGGAAGAGGAAGAGGAAAGAUCAAAUACAUGGAAGUACUUCCUUGAAAAUAUAGAGAAGUCUUCUCAAUCGUGCCCUCCUGAGGCAGUUAAAGACGAAUUGCAGGCUAAAGCUACUGAGCAGAAAGCAGGGACAGUGUCUGAGAGUGGUGAGGAAGGGAAUGAUACAAUUAGUAAGAAAUCUGUUUCUAAUCGUUCAUCAGAAAGACAUCCAGAAAAGGAGCUUAAACUUUCAGAAGAAACAGAGAAAUCUAAGGUCCAAACGUGGAUUCUCAUUAGAUCCUCUCUUAGUUCUAUUGAAAAUAUGAUGAGUGUUCGUGUCAGGAAGGGAAGAAAUAUGAAAGAUGAGCAGAUAAUUGGGAAUAAAGACCAUCUUCCAUCCAUAGAAGAAGCAGCUUCUUCAGGAGUGGCUUCUGAGGAUGACUGUGAGGAUAAAAUUUGUCUUGACGAUGCUUUUAAUGAAAGUAAGAACGCCUUAAGUGCAGAAAAUUCUGUAAGUGAUGGACAAUCCGACAGUGUGAAAGUCGUUGGGACAGAAGAGGCUGUUGAUGCUGGGACAGAGGAAACUAAGGUUAAUGGGAACCCUCCAGAGCCUUUCUUUCCUUGGAAACUAGAACUCGAGUCUCUUGUUCAUGGUGGAGUGCCAAGGGAUCUCAGGGGAGAGGUAUGGCAAGCUUUUGUAGGUGUGAAGGCUCGCCGGGUGGAAAAAUAUUACCAUAACUUGCUGGCUCAAGAAGCAAAUACUAGUGAAAGCAUGGAUAAUGACAACUCAUCUGGUAUUCCCAGAAAAUGGAGAAGGCAGAUUGAGAAGGACAUACCUCGUACAUUUCCAGGACAUCCUGCAUUGAAUGAGAAUGGUCGUAAUUCACUGAGGCGUUUGCUUUUAGCUUAUGCUCGUCAUAACCCCUCUGUUGGGUAUUGCCAGGCAAUGAAUUUUUUUGCAGGGUUAUUGUUACUUCUGAUGCCUGAGGAAAAUGCCUUUUGGGCUUUGGUUGGUAUAAUUGAUGACUACUUUGAUGGCUACUAUACCGAGGAAAUGAUAGAAGCUCAGGUGGACCAACUAGUAUUUGAGGACUUGGUGCGAGAAAGAUUUCCAAAAUUGGUGAAUCAUCUCGAUUUCUUAGGAGUCCAAGUGGGAUGGAUCAUUGGACCUUGGUUCCUUUCCAUAUUUGUAAAUAUGAUUCCAUGGGAAAGUGUUAUUCGAGUUUGGGAUGUGCUUCUGUUUGAAGGAAAUCGUGUUAUGCUAUUUCGAACAGCACUAGCACUGAUGGAGUUAUAUGGGCCGGCGAUAGUUACCACUAAGGAUGCAGGAGAUGCUAUUACUUUGUUGCAGUCCCUUGUUGGCUCAACAUUCGAUAGCAGCCAGCUCGUUUUGACGGCUUGCAUGGGUUUUUUGGCUAUAACUGAAAGUAGAUUGCAAGAGUUGAGAGAGAAGCAUCGACCAUCUGUGUUAGCAAUUGUCGGGGAAAGAUCUAAAAAGGGUCAGGCUUGGAAAGAUUCCAAAGGGCUUGCAUCUAAGCUGUAUAGUUUUAAGCAUGAUCCCAGUAUAAUAGAAGAGAAAAGUCCUACUGAAGGAAGUACAGAUGGAGAUGUAUCUCGCUCGAAAUCUGGCUCUUCUAAUCUGGAUGAAUUCCUUAGUGUUAGUGGCCUAUCUGUAUCAGAAGGAGAUUCUUUACCGGAUCUUCAUGAUCAGGUCGAUUGGUUGAAGGUUGAGGUAUGCAGGGUGCUGGAGGAGAAAAGAUCUGCUGUACUCAGGGCUGAGGAGUUGGAGACAGCACUUAUGGAGAUGGUCAAGCUCGAUAAUCGACGAGAGUUAACCACAAGGGUUGAGCAGUUGGAGCAAGAGGUGGCUGAGCUACGGCAAGCCCUUGCGGAUAAGACAGAGCAAGAGACUGCAAUGCUUAAGGUCUUGAUGUGGUUGGAACAAGAGCAAAAGGUAACUGAAGAUGCCCGAGUAUGUGCCGAGCAAGAAGCAGCUGCUCAGAAAAGUGCAGUUAAUGUGCUUCAGGAAAAAUAUGAGAAAGCCAUGUCUUCACUUACUGAGAUGGAAAAGAAAGUAAAAGUGGCGGAAUCAAUGUUGGAGGCUACAUUGCAAUAUGAAUCUGGUCAAGCCAAAGCGCUUUCUCCAAGGGCAGCUAACACACAGGGAAACUCCACAAAAAAGAUGGGCAUUCUACCAUUUGGACUUGGUUGGGGUGACAGAAAUAAGGGAUCCAGUGAUCUGAAAUCACCGAAUCAACAGAGAGACUGAGAAGUCCAAGGGAUUAAACCGGCGAAGAAGGGAAAGACCAGUUAGUGGAAAAGUGAUGGAUGCCACUUUCAUUGCCAUGAAAUAGAGAUUGAAACUGCUGCUGCCUAUGUACAUCUUCGUUUGCUUUCGUCUUUGUGUUUAUAUAAUGGUGACUCAGGAAAGCCAUCGAUCUGUAAACUUGUCAAUUUGCAGUAGCGGGUUCGGUUCACCCCUAGACAGUCAAAAUGUAAAGCAUAUUAGUUCUCCUGUUUAAGAGUCAUUUGUUUACAAUAGUGACGUUUAAAAUCAGUUUUGGCCUCUGUUAAUGAUAUCAUCGACGUUAUCAGCAA